CUUCCGAUUGGUAAAAUGCGCUGUCAGUCACGGCAUGCUGCGGAUCGAUUGGUUAGAACGCUAUGAGAGAAGGGCGGUCAGCUGGUGCGGUUCAAACAGAGGAGCUACGGUAAAGUUUCAACCUGUGCUACCGUGUGUAACUGAGAACUAAACACGUCGUCAUACACUUUGUUCUACUAUUCUACUCCUAGCUCCAUGGCUGCUGCUGCUGGUAGAAGAAUGGGGCCGUCAUGGUGGGGGUUCAGCCCUGCACUGGAUCUUCAGGUGCACUGUGAGUCCAUUCAUUCUCUCCCCUCCACCCUUACAGGCUUGCAGGGGACCAUUCAGCACCUGACAUCUUCUGAUGGUUUGCCGGAACUGAAUAUCCUUCUGGUUGGGGGUGGCGAUGGCCGUCAUCUUCUCAAAACCAUUUGCCAAGCCAGUCGCUGGCCACAUAGAAAACUGAAAUUCUUCAUAAUUGAGAGUGACCUGGAACUGCUGGCACGACACAUGUUGUUUUUAAGUUUGGCUCUAGAACAUCCAGAACAAAUGGGCUUGCAAGAAAAGAGUGAGCUCUUUUUGGAGCUUUUUGGGAACAGCCUGAUCCGUAGUAAGACUGCCAACUAUCUGCAGGAGAAGUCUGAGCUGUUCAUCCAAUGUGUCACGGACCCAGAUUACCAACAAUGUGUUAUGCCAUUUUUAAACUUGUCUUCAAUAAAGUUUAAAGAACGAGACGAACUUGAAGACAUUUUUAAGUUUUGGAGAAUAGCCGACCCAAAGCUGUUCCCUAUAGACAAAUAUUGGGAUGGAAAGAACAGGCGACAUCUGGGGACCCGCUAUGACUCCAGGAAAGGUGCUUAUGACUGGGAUCUGUCCAUGAAACUGCACGACAGAGGGGCUGGGGUCAUUAACAGCAGAGAAUACAACUACUGGAGAGAGAAGGGCGUUGCUUUUAUGAACCGGGAAGGAGUUUAUGAUGUUCCCAACAAAACUCUGGCUUCUCAAAUGGUGGUACCACAGAGCAGUGGCAAAGUACUGACACGGGGCUACUGGGGAGAUAUUACUACCAGCCCUUACGUAGCUUUUGGAAUUGAAACGGAAGAGAAGAGCUUGCUAGAAACUGCCAACGGGGUUCAUGUUAAGAGUGCUCAAGAGAUUGCGCUGCACAACAUCAUAUCUUUGUUCCACGAGUUAGCCACUGGGAAAGUCUACUCCGUCCCGGCCUCUGGCCAAGCUGAAGCAGAACUGGUCAAGCCUGUCGGUGACUAUAAAACAAAUGGUGACCAAACAGCAGCGGAAACAAUUGAAGAAAAAGCUGAAGCUGAGGAUACAAAGCAAAGCAAAUAUAAAGGCUUCAUUACUCUGAACAAUGUGGAGAUUCAUUUCUUGCCACUCAGCUGGGUAAAUGAGCUUCACUGCAAGGGCAGAUUCACCAAUUUCUUCAACCUUCUCUAUUUCUCCUCCAGCAUGGUUCAUUUGCUGAAGCCGGAAUACAAAGUCAUUGCUGCCAGUAAAGCGACUCUUGUUUUGGAACUCACAAAAUUUAUGGUGGAUCUUCAGGCGGACAAAGUACAGAGCUACGUUUCUAUUGUGACCAAACUUGCCCAGGGCGCUGGAUUUACUUCGGAUGAACCCAUUGACUGGAAGACGCAUUAUAUCGCCAGAUUUGAACGAGGAGACGAUUCUGUAGAACUGCAAACUGCCCAAUGAAAAUGGCUUCUUCGAGGAGUUUCUGUUGGUGUUUUUCGUAUUUUUACUUUCCUUUCAGUCCACAUUUAUAUAUGUAUUUAUUGCCGUAUAAUGGAAGCUACAUAAAUACUGUUUUAAUAUAAA